GAGCCGCUGGCCCCCCGCCGCGGUCCGUUGCCCGCCGCCAUCGUUGUGGCGGUCCCCGCCUCCGCGCGCCACGCCCGCCGCCGUCGUCGGGGCUCCGCGAGUGCACCCGCCACCCUCCCCCCAGGGGUUGAUCAUGCGCGCCGGCGCACACGCGCUCCCGCCCGCCGCCGCACCCCCGCCCGCGAAGUGAUCGCCCGCGUGCCCGUCACCGCCCUCGCCAGCACCGCCGCCGCCACCACCAGCGCCGCCAUGGGGUCCAAGGUGGAGUAUGUGGAGUCGUCGCACAUGUACGCCACCAACUACGUGCGUAACUCCAAGGCCAUCGGCGUGCUGUGGGGCGUGUUUUCCAUCUGCUACGCCAUCAUCGUGGCGGUGGCGUUCGCGACCCCGGAGUGGCUGGGCGACCCCGCCGCCGUCGCCUCCGACCACUCCGCCCGCUUCGGCCUGUUCGCGCGCUGCUACUACAGGACCGGCGCGGAGGGCGGGCCCGACUGCCAGGGCGGGCUGGACGAACUGAUGUCGCUGCCGACGGUGGCGUGGCAGCUGGCCGCCGUGCUGGUGGCGCUGGCGGCGCUGUUCGCCCUGCUGGCCGUCGCCGCCAUGCUGCUCUUCUUCUUCCUGCCGGCCACCGCCGUCUUCCGCUCCGCCGCCUGGAUCCAGCUGUUCUCGGGGGAGGUGAACAACGGCUUCGUGGGCGACGCGCACUCCGUGGCCGGGUCGCGCAAGUCCCUCAACCUGCACCCGGUGCUGCUGAUGCCGGGCAACGAGGCGGACCGCUUCUCCGAGUUCUCGGGCCGGACGGCGGGCGGCCGCUCCAAGUCGUCCGCGUAUCGCGGCGCCGAGUACGCGCCCAGCAUCCAGAACUUCCAGCUGUGAGCGCCGCCCCCGCGCUGCCGCCCCGGCGACCACCGCCCGCCGAUGCUGUGGACGACGGCGGCGGGCUUCCCUACUCUGCUGGAAGAGCGUGCGCAGAUGCCGGUGGAAGCCGACGAGUGAAAUGGGCGAUAAGUGGUGUCUUGGGAAGGAGAAAAUGCGUCAUGUUAUUUUGUUUUUGAUGGCGUUUCAAAAUUGAAUAGUUGAAAUUCAAGAGGUAGAAUUUCAGUCGUGUCAACGGUAAAUUACCAAUAAAUACAACAGGAAACGAUGAGCGAAUUUUUUUUAUAUCUGAGAAUUUUCGAAGUACGAGUGGUAUUUAUCUGAGGUGACACCAGGAGAGGUUCUGAAUUUUCCAAUUAAUUUUGUGGCGAGUGAAUUUAUUGGGUAAACUCAACACCUCUAAUGGUCUACGUGUCAAAGAACCAGUAGUUCGGUAAGGCGAUUGUUCCGUUAACCUGUAAGUUCAUUCUAAUUCUAUAGAGAAAUAGAGCUCACCAGCUAUUGAAUGAUGGCAUGUAAUAGUAACAAUAGGGAAAGUUAAAACGAUAAGACAAAACCGAUCAUUUUUCUGGAGGAAUACAGCUCUAGAACGAACCUUUAAGAGAUGAAUACUAUAACUCAAUUGAUCAAAAACUGACCGAAAUAAAAUAUACUAUCACAAAAAAGCACAAAAAUAAAUAAUUGAAAAAUAAACUUAUUAUGAUAAUUCAUACUUCAUUUUGUGUCAAUAUUUUAUAAUACCCUUUAAAAUAUAAUAAUAGUGCAAUUUCGCGCAUUAAAACGACGAUUACUCGUGUUUUAUUGCUUGGCACGGUAUAAUUUUCUAAACUGGUAUCUUAUUAUUUCAAUAAUAACGUAAUUAUUUAAUCAAAUAAUUCAAACCAAUAGCAGGGACGUUCGGAAAAUAACUUCACGAAAUAUUUACAUUUGAAAUAUCUUUCUUAUUUAUCGGAGUGGAGUUUUUUUCUGACAGUAAUACUUUUAAUUUGAAACUAGCCAUUCGUAGAAACUACCACUAUAUGUUGAUCUCAGUGUAUUUUACCAAACGCGAAUAUAACACCAAGUGUGGCUGUCACAAAUAAAAGUGCUAUAGAAUUUCCCUGGUCCCGAAUAUACUCCGAAUUUGAAUGACUAAUCUCCCCUUUCUCAAUUGUCAAAUAAGCAAAUUAUUAUUUAGUCAUUCAGAAAAUAAAAAAAUAUAAUGGGGAUAUAAUGCAAUAGAUCUGCUACGUGUUUUCAACUAAGUGGAUUCAACUAAUUGGACGGUGACGGUGAAUUAGCAACAAUAUUGUGUUAAAAAUAUUGCUCGUACCUCUCUAAAAUGAAGAUCAAUAUUGGGUAGAAAAUAAUAAACAAAAUUUCUGUGUAUUAAAUGCAUCCAAAUGAACAAGUGAUGUAAAGAAUGUGUUAGUAGUUUUACCAUUAAAUAUGAAUUAAAAAUACUAGGUAAAUUAUUGACAAAUUUUAUCUUUCCCCAAGACUAUCACUCUCAAGAGCUGAUUUGCUUGUGAUUCCAUUGCAAAGACAACUAUUUCCACGAAUCGUAAAUAAUGAAAAUAAAUAAUGGAAAAAUUGAGAAUGUGAUGUUCAGUUCAUUAAUUGUUCUCAUCAGUUCAUUAAUUUUCAAUAUUAACGAAUUGCGUGUUGGCCGAAAAGAAUGAUGCCAGAGUAAUUAGGUAUGUUUUUAACAUGCAACCUUAGUAACGGUGUCAUGAGAGAAGACUCUCUGCGUGUGUGACUACGUGUGGCUUCUCUGCCAACCAACGAAUAUCCCACGGCCUCAACGAGCUGUUCCCAACCCCCACCACAGCAAGCCACGGGAGAUGAGUGAAAUGUGUAAAGUAAACAGCUGUUCCAGCAGCGGCAAAGACUCGUAUUUUGUGGUCCCUGAGAUUAUUGUAUUGUAUCUGAUAUGCCUGUUAAUAUGUCAUGUAUAUGUGGGAGUCUGAAAAUGUACUGUGUAAACUACAGAGGCACUGAGAGGCAGUUGUCAUAGGGUAUUGUGGGUAAACGCUUUUAUAUCAUCGCUGAGACGGUUAGUGAACUAAAGUAUAAGUAUGGGGAUGCUUUUAAUGCGCGAGAAUGGGAAUGUUGGAUAAUUACUUUUAAAAAUUAACGCUGUAAUUUUUAGUAGAGAAUCCCCCAAAAAAUAAUAAUAUAUAUUUUGCUUUUUAUUUCAUGACGAAUAAAAUAUUUAUUUUUCAAUCAAGGCAACAACAUCUAUAAUACAUUCGCUUCAUACUUACCAUUUAUACAAAAUAAAUAAUUCAAGAUGCUUUUCUUAACGGUAAACAAUUUGAUUCAAAACUUCUGACAGUCAAAUAACACACCUUCAAGUUAAAAUAUCACUUUGAUAAAUAUCUGCAACGUGAAAUAGCGCUAAGGGUUUAGAAGUCUUCCAGACUUGGUAAUGGUAAUUGUAGCCAUCUAGGUAGAGGUAGAAAGAUACCAAGAAAUCGAGAUUACUUCCUAUGGAAACGCCUCUCAGUGGCUCCUGGCGUGUGUUAAACAUAUUAUAGAACCUAGCUGUAAUCUAAUCUUCGUGUACAUAGAAUGUAAAAUUGGUCGGCAUUGCUGGCGGGCCCAACGGGACUGCGCAGGUGCCGAGACAACGAAGGCAGACGAGUCACCUGCAGCCGAAACCUCGAUCGGCGUCGCGUUUGCGUCCGCGAAGUGGAAAAACCCGUUGGCACACAACAAGCGCAAAUUUCCUUCCGUCGCUGAUCGGAGUAAAUACACUGCUUUCAAAGACUUUGAAAGACAGAUUUACUCGGCUGCUCAUUUUGCAACAGUCUGUCAUAAUAGCUCAUCUGCAUUCCCGUGUGGUUAUGUGCUUGUUGAGGUAAUAGACUGAAGAAUCUCUGUAAAAUGUUUAAGUUUAUGGAAUGAAUAGUUUUAGAAAUUGUCAUCGAUAGAAUUUCGGAGAUUUUGUUACUUAAAAUAACUUCAUAGAUAUGGAUAUAAUUUAUAGAUCCAUAACCUUAUAUUAAUUUAUUGUCUUCUACGGAGAUUUUCCGUCAUUAAUCUCUAACUUCCUACCAUCAAGCACAUACCACGGGCCCAAAAGCAUGCUUGUGUACAUUAUCAUAUGAAAUGCUUUUGUCAAUAAUAGAAAAAGACAACAAUAAAGAAAACAAUACUCUGCAACUAUAAGUGGUGUUUCCAUGGAAGUUUGCCAGUUAAUAAAGAGGCGGGGCGCGACCGCUGAGACACCAAGUUCUAGCUUCUCUCCCUUUCGUUGGGCGUACACUCUUAGCCGCCGACAUAGAGUGAAUCAGAUCAUGCAUUUUGGGUCGUUCUCUUUCGUUUGAGAGGAAAGAAAUUGGGUACGUUCAAAUUGACUUCAAUGUAGCAUUUCUUAAAAUGUUAAUAAGAACACUAAGGGCACACAGGUUUAUCAAAGUCUUCUGAACACUUGAACUUAUUAUUUACAAUUUAAAUUUGAGUUAAAGACUAACACUUGCUUUAUUCCUUCCUUGUGUUAUCCUUCUUUCAGAAUUCCGUUCCCGUUCCCACUGAGA